AUGUCUUCACCGCGACAAUCACCACAUUCAUCCUCUUCGGAUAAUGACGAUGAUGAAGGUCGAGCACUUGCUAUAGUUGAAGGAGAAGGCUCAUCUUUUGUGCAUGAAUCUAAUACGAUCCGAAUGGAUAAUGAGUCAGAGGAUCAUCGAGAUCAUGAUGCAUCAUCCUUUCCCACGACUAUUCCAUCCAACAACAACAACAACAUUCAACUCCAUGAGACCGAUGAGAUUGAUCAUCAUGAUGAUCAAUCUCAACAACAAUUAGAUCAUCAUCCUGAAGAUUCUCAAAACCCUCAAGGAAUCAUUCCGACAAGUGAACUCUCGGAAAAUUCAAAUUCUACAUCCUCCAAUCAACAAUACGUUUCACCAACACCAUCAUCGACGACAAUGGUCACGCCUGUUUUAGAAAAUUCUUCUCAAGUUCAAUCAGAAGCAGCAGUGGUACCAAUUCCGCAGCAACAACGUUCUCAAUCCACAUGGGAUCGUGAUGAAUUAAUGAAAGGAUGGAUUGUUAAAUAUACAUACAGUAAUGUACCACCAGAGGUUUUGGUUGAAAUUUUCAAAUUUUUGGAUAUUCAAUCAUUGUCAGCAUGCUCUCUCGUGUCACAAUCGUGGUACUAUGCAACCUUGCAUGAUGCGUUGUGGGAGCCAUCUGUGAGGAGGUUAUUCCACAGUUUUAAUGACCAAGAAGGAAAUUUCUACACUAUUGACGUUGGUCGGAUGAAUAAGCGAUAUGGAAAGCCCAUUCCACCUCCACCGCGUCCAAAGAAAAUUGAAGAUUAUGUCACUAUUGAAAAUGGAAAAAUUAUUUCCUAUCAUACUUUAAGAGCUCUCAAAAUCGAGCAAGGAAAAAAGAAACUCAAUUCAAAAUUGAGACGAGAUCGAAAGGAAUAUCUUCGAGCUAAAAUGCAAGAACAUUAUGAAAAUAUGUCAAGCUUGAGAUAUCGAUACUUUUUUGGUUUUGCCACUCUUGUUUACAUUUCCCUAUUCCUAUUCUUUUGUAUGGUGGCGGUUAAGGAUGCAAUUCCUAUUGAUGUCAUUCCCAACUGGCAUCAAUACUCAUUUAUACCGUUGUGGUUUUUCUUUUUAUUUGGAUUUGGUCAAUUAUUUUUCGUAGCUUACAUGUAUGGAAAUGCUCGUGAUUUUCAAAUUUUAAUGAUGUGUGGAAUAUUGUUACUAGUCCUACUAGGAGGAUUGUCAUCUGCUAUUUUAUCAUUCCUCAAUGUGGCUGUUUUACCUGCGACCUAUAAUUUUGUGACACGAGCAUGGGAAUAUACCAUCUCUUGGUUUAUUAUUCUCAUACCUGCCUAUAUUUUCGCACUAGUGAUGUUUAUUGGAAUGAUCAUCAUUGUAGGAAUUGUCACGAUCGAAGAUUGGAGCAAUCAGCAACCUUGGAAAAAGCGAUUACGACAUUUUUCAACCAGCAUGUUCUUCUCAACUCUUAACAUGCUCAUGAUUUGUGCUGUAAUAAUGAUUGGAUUUACAUUGGAAUAUCCGACCUAUUUUGCAACCUUUUGGCCAGCAAUUUUAGCAUUAAUUGUGUCGUUUGGUUUUGUCCUUACAACAGCGAGAUUUCUUUGGAAGGAGAGAAAUAAUGAAUACUCCUCCGAUCGAUACAUCAUGUCGUUUGGUUUGGCCUUUUUCAUUUGCUUGUGUAUUAAUAUUAUUGUGAUUGGUUUGUAUCCAUUUACAUUGAGCUAUUCAUGGUUUAGCAGUUUGCUGCCUCUCACAGCUGCUUAUGCCUUUGUGUGUAGAAUUAUUUAUGAAGGUUGA